GAUUUAAUCGGUAUUGCUGAAUCUUGGCUUCAUUCUUUGCAUGACUUGGCCAUUAAUAUUCCUGGCUAUGUUCUCUUUCAGAGAGACCGGGUAAAUGGGAAAGGUGGUGGUGUCUGUCUCUGUGUGAGAAGUGAUCUCAGAGCGAGUGUGAAAGAGGACCUAGUUGAAGGAGAGUGUGAUGAGGCUGAAGCAUUAUGGGUGGAACUGUACAUGGGGGUGCGUACUAUAAAGGUAAUCAUUGGAGUUUGUUAUAGGCCUCCCAGUGUUAAUGAGGAGGUGGAGACUCAGAUCCUUGCACAGAACAAAAGGGCUGGGACAGUGAUAAUAAUGGGGGAUUUUAACUAC